GUAAUAACGAAAACAGCAUCUGUCAUUAUGAAGUCCUUUGUUAGCAUCGUUUUCUUUGUGCUGAUUUCCGGAUGCAUGAGCGUCACGCAAGAGGAAAGGGAAGCUGCUCGUGCACUGGCCGGAAAAUGUAUGCAGGAAACUGGAACCUCGGAGGAAUCGGUUCAGCGCCUUCGCAACGGAGAUACCUCGAAUGCCGAUAGCAACACCAAAUGUUUCAUGCACUGCUUUUUCCAAGGCGCUGGUUUCGUUGAUAGCGAGGGAAACGUUCAGGAGGACCAUGUGGUUGAUAAGCUGUCUACCCAGUAUGAUCGUGCAAAGGCCGAGGAAAUCGUGCAAAAAUGCAAGAACAAUAGUGGAGCUAACCCUUGUGAACGGUCAUUUGCUCUCUUCGAGUGCUACGUUGCUAACAGGGCUGAUAUGAUGUAAACGAGUUUAACGGAACAAAUCAAAUGUAAUGGAUGAAAGGACUAAUAUCACCAAUAAUAUUGAGUAAUCGAACUCUUCCGUAAUAAAUUCGUGUAAA